CAAAGUCAGGUAUUUCAAACAGCUAAACAUGAUAAAAUAAAACCCACUCAAAACACAUGAGAUGUCCAGAUAUUUGUUUAUAGUUUCCUUAUCCUUUGUGAUACUCAUUUCAAUUUCUAUCAACUUCGCCGAAUUAGAAGUUCAAAAGGUCAAAAUGCCUUUCAAGGAGGCCGCCACUUGGUCAAGAAUGCUGGAUGACAUGGGUCAACAGUCGCAUGUCCACAGACUAUAUAAUGCCUAUCGCGAUCGUUUGAGAGUCGAGGGUGACGAUGCCGAGGGCGAGGGCGAGCUUAAAAUAAGUCCAAGGGAAUCGAAAGAUGUAGCUAGGAAAUUAACGGAGCCCAUGACCAUAGAAAAAGCCUUUUUAGAUAUUCCCAUUUUCUCCGAUGAAUGGGCUAUUUCGCGUGGAAAGUCAAACAAAUCAAUUGCUAAAGAACAAGAUCGUCCCAUUAUCCAAUACGAUGCCACCGAUGAUCAUCCAAAUCCAUCUGGAAAAUGCCUUGCCCGACUUCCAAAUCUGAAUAGCGAAAAUCAAAGUACUACAAUAAAACCAAAGGUUAAAUCUCCACUGGUGGGUAGUAUGAUCAUUCUAAAAAUGGAUGUGCCAGAGAAAAUGCUAGGAGUUAAGCCUCCGGAAAAGAUGAAGGAUCCCGGUGAACGCCGAAUUUUUGAACUCAAUCAGAUAUACAACGAGUUUUUGAAGUCCUGGCAACAGCCUGUCCAAGAUUUGACCGCCAAGACUGAAACGCCAAAUAAAAGUUCUGCGGGAUCUCAGAGAUUGAGUGCAUUGUUCGAAUUAAUGGAUGUGGUGGAGCGCCUUCAAAAAAGCGAUUUGGUUAAGGAAUUAGCUCAACAGAUUAACGAGGAAAUGGAACCCAAUCUGCAGAAUCAAAUCAAGCAGGAUGCUCUUUUGGUAACCGAAAGUAGAGCCUCCCUAAGAGCCAUUAAAGAGAAUGAUCUCUCUGGGAUUUUUGAAAAUGUGGAACCCGGAAGCACUUCUAAAGCUUUCAAGAGAAUGUUGGAUGACAUAAACUCCAGAAGAUCAACGAUCAAAGCUGGCGGACUUUACGAUGAGUACAAGAAGGGUUUCUGUGAACUAUUCAGCAAUCAUAAAUUUCCCAGGGAAUCGCUGAUAACCAGUGAAGCUGAUUAUCCUUCGGACAGCGAAACGAUUCGAAAAAAUAAUGACAAUUUUCCCUGUCGAUGUGAUAGCUCGAAACCGACCUCUUUAAAAAGUAAUCAAGCAAUUGCAUUUUCCAAACCAAAAAUAAACUAUUUAAAGGCCCUGGAAACAUAUGUUAAAAUGUUCAAGGACAGUAACCAGAACGACGGUGUUGUUCCGGCUAAAGGUCCCAGAAAAAACGUAAACUAUAUGAAGGCCCUGGAAAACUUUAUUAAAAUGAACAAGGAAAGUAAUGAAAACGGCGGUUUGAAGCCUUACUACUUGCCAAAUUCUAAAAAUCGUCAGCUAGUUUGGAAUGAUAUUCCAUUGAUUAAACCAGGUAUUAGUGAAACCGCCAAGAAAACUUUGCAAUUUAAGCCAAAGUAUGCGCCCUCUAGCACUGUCAUUAAAGAAAAUGUGUUACCUAAAGAGGAAUCCAAAAAGGAACACAGUUUUAAAUCGCUUCCAAAACAAGACACUAAAAAUGAGCAGUGUAUUCCCAAAGCUGAGACCAAAUUGGAGCAGUGUACUCAAAAAACUGAGACCAAAUUGGAGCAGUGUACUCCGAAAACGGAGACUAAAUUGGAGCAAUGUACUCCAAAAACGGAGACUAAAUUGGAGCAGAGUGUUCCAAAAAAUGAGACCAAAUUGGAGCAGGGUAACCCAAAAACGGGGACUAAAUUGGAGCAGGGUAACCCAAAAACGGGGACUAAAUUGGAGCACGGUAACCGAAAAACUGAGACUAAAUUGGAGCAGGGUUUUCCAAAAACAGAGACUAAAGCGCAUCAAACAAACCCUUGGCAAGAGGUUUUCUCAGGACUGGAUCCCAAGCAAAUUAUCAGCGGAUUGAAGGCCAUCAAACAAUCUUCCUUCUUCAACCUGGCUGAUGAGUAUCAGAAGCAAAUAGACAACCUAAAUCAGGCCUUAAAAACGAAGCAAAGUUGGUGGAAGGAGGUUGUGGAGCGGGGCAAAUCUCCUGUCAGAACACCCAUGAAACGGAAUGUACCCAUGAAUAAUGCCCAAACUGGAGCUGCUAUGCCGGUGCCAUAUCCCGAGGUUCUGGUCAAUCGGGCACCACAAAUGGGUGUCAUUGAUAACAUGGCCUCUCAAAUGAAUCUUUCGCCCUUGGAGAUGGCUCAAAGAAUUGUGGCAAAUGGUCAAAACUGUGCGCUCAAUCCAGGUGUACCAAGAGUUGGUUUUGUGCAAACUAACAUACAACCAGCAAGUCAGAUCGGAGGUAGCUUCAAGAAAGGACAAGGUAUCAUGUGCCAAGUACCUUGCCAACAAGUGGGCUCGCCGUUACAACAACCCCAACAGCAACCAGAUUCCCAGGAGCAAACGGAGCAGAUGGGGAUUUCCCCGGUCCUAGACAAGAUACUCCAGCGUUUGGAGAACAUUCAGUCCUCCAAACGCAAUCAGUCGUCGGAGGAGGAGUCGGCAAAGGAACUGCCCUGCUGCUUUGUGGAUCCAGCUGAUGGUGCCCCCUGUGAACUGAACGGCUCCUGGGAAUCUCUUGUCCUGGGAGUUCGCAUUAACAUCCGAUCCAAUGCCACAACAACUGUGGAUGGGGAGCAAAAGGCAAAGGCCACCUGUUCGCAACACAAAGGGGGUCGUGGCCAUCGUAGAUUUGUGCGGCAGUGCGUCAAGAUGAACAAGAGUCAGUUGAAGGAUAUCGCAGAGGUGAAUUCCACCAAACAUCAUGGCGUGGUCCUAAACGUUAGUGUGCAGGAGACAGUGCCGCCGAGAGCACACGAUCUGCUGGAGAACCUCACCGACUGGAGCUUCUCGGGCCAUGCCUCAAUGAUCCUCGGCGGACCCAUGUCGAUCUCCUUUCGCAAAGGCAACUCCAAUCUGAUUGGACACUUCGUUGGCUACUGUCGCACCUGCGGUUGCGUGGACACCAUUUUCGGGUCCUGGACCUUUUGUCAGCCCUCGCGGGAUUGUCAGGAUGUCUGCAUGUCGAUUGUGGAUCGGCGGGACAUGCUGCGGAGAUACAGCAUGGAUGAGCGGCGCAAGAAUCGAUUCAAGGAGCAGCUUUACAUGGGCAGCAAGUUCGCAAAGAUGGAAAAAGAGCGACUGCGAUCCGAGCUGGAAAAGUCUCAUUACCAAACUCAGGGUGUAGCUAGUGCGAAUUGUCCUAGUCUUUCUAAAAGUCAAAGCUGUUAAAAAUUUUAUUUUGAUUUCUUAUGUACUUUAAUAUUUUUUAUAAAUGUUACUAAGUUUGUGCUAAAGAGAAAGUGUUUUGAUUUUAAAUAAACUUUUAACGAAAAACAUAAUUUUUAAACAAAAUAUGAAAAAUUGCAAAAAUGUCCAAAAAGGCUUUUAAAGCUGUUGCGCAAAAGUAUGCAACAAUAUUUUUUAAGUCCUGACAUCCAAU